CUAUCUUUGAAUCUUUAUUAUCAUGGAUCUUUUUUUCUUAAUCAAAGAACUUUUAAUUUUUAUUUUAAAUAUUUAUGCAGAUUCUAACUUGCCUAGAUCGGUUGUUGAUACCGUGAUUGAUUUUUUUGAUAAAUUUAAUCAAAAUCAUUUCAUACCAUCUCUUCGAGCAGAUAUUUUAGAAGCAUUAGAAAAUGAACAAUUGUCAGAGAGAACUAAAAUGAAGUUAAAUUCCGUUUUUGACGAUUAUAAAACGUUGUUUGUUCCACUUAAUACAGAGGAUAAUAGAUUCAAUUUAUUACGUAAAAUCAAUUAUCGUAAUCCGCAGGUUCCUGAGAUAGGAAAUGUAUUAGAAAAAAAAUCGGAAGGGAAUCACACUUAUGUUAGUUUCGACCCAGUAUUUGCUCUUGUGAUGCCUUUAAAGAUCACUUUAAAACAUUUUCUGGAAAUUCCAAAUGUUUUUAAUUCCAUAAUGGAAUAUAGAUCCAAAUUACUUGAGGAAAAUAAUCCCCUUAUUAUAAAAAAUAUUAUUCAAGCUGAUUUAUUCAGGCAAAAAUAUAUCCCAAAACAUUGUCAAGAUAUUGUGAUUCCAUAUUUCAUUUAUUUUGAUGAAUGUGAAUGCGGAAAUGCACUGGGCAGCUGUGCAGGUAAAAAUAAAAUGUCAGCGGUCUACUCUCAAAUAGCGUGUCUACCUCCUAGUAUUGCUUCUCGUCUAUGUGCGAUUUUUCUUAGCUUAUUAAUGCAUUCUAAACAGCAGAAAAAGCUUUCGAACAGGGAGACCUUCCAUAAAUUGGUCGAUGAGGCUAAUGACCUCAGGCAAAAUGGAGUGAAAAUCUGUGUUGAUUCUAAAUCGUUCGUAGUUAAAUUUGAAUUGCUAUUGGUGUUAGGUGAUAAUUUAGGCUUGAAUGAUAUUUUUGGUUUUACGAAAUCAUUCACAACCGAUUUUUACUGCAGAAUUUGUAAACUCACUAAUGAAGAAGCUAGCCUCGCAACUAUUGAAGUAAAAUCAAAAAUUCGAAAACGUGAUGAUUAUGAUUUAGACGCUAAAAUAAAAAAUGUCAAUGAAUCCGGAAUAAGAGAAGCUUGUAUUUUCCACGAAAUUCAAAACUUUCACAUCACGGAAAAUACAAGCAUAGACAUUUUGCACGAUUUCUUGGAGGGCGUGUGCUCUUAUGAUAUACAUCAAAUUUUAAAAGUUUUUAUCUUCGAUAAAAAAAUUUUUAAAUUGAACGACCUCAAUGAACAAAUAGAAUGUUUUGAAUAUAAACACACUGGUUGUAACAAACCACCACCAAUAAAAGAGAAUCAUCUAAAACAACGGUUCAAUUUAAAAAUGUCCGCUUCCGAAAUUUCAUGCCUCACACGAUACUUACCUUUAUUUAUUGGACAUUUCGUGGAAGAGGAAGAUGAGCAUUGGCAAUUAUUUAUUUUACUUCGCCGAAUUUUUGAUAUUUUAGCAUGCCAUUUUGUUCGACGAGAUAAUGAAAGUUAUUUGCAAUCAUUGAUCGAAGAACAUCAUGAGCUUUACAUUAAAUUAUUCGGUCCUUUAAAGCCCAAACAUCAUUUUUUAAUACACUAUCCUCGAUUAUUGACACUAUUAGGACCAUGUGUCAAUUACUCGACCAUGCGUUUCGAGUCACGUCAUCGACCGAUCAAAUCCGUAGUAACUUCUACAAGCUGCAAAAAAAAUCUGUUGUACACAAUUGGAGUAAAAGAGCAAUUGCGUCUGUGCCAAAUCAUAAAUAAUCAGAUUUUUAUAGAAAAUGAAUCAGAUAGAGAAGAUUGCUUCAAUAUGCUAAAAAUUGAGUUAGAAGGCAUUAACUAUGAAGUAGGAAUGUUUUUACCAAUUAAUAUACAACAGCAUAAUAAAUUAUUUGGUAAAAUCAUAAAUAUCGUAAGAAUCAAUAAAAAAUGUUAUUUUACUAUGGAAACUUACGAGGAAAAAGAUUUUGAUUCGCACUACUAUGCGUACGUGGUGCGGAGAGUGAACGAAGAUCUGUCAAUUUUUUCCAAGAAAAUAUGUUCCGAAACUACCGGAAUAUUAUUUAAAAAAUACUAUUUCGAAAUAAAGAUCUAA